AGUGAGGUUUUUUGUGAGACCACAUCAAAGCUUAAGGAGUAUGUUGACUUUUUGGACUUGUGCUUGUUAUCUCAACAAAUAGAUUUCGGAUGGGGACAUUCUUUCCAGUGUGCGACACCUUUUCUGAAACUCCUCGCCUGCCCAUCUCUGGCCCUCUGAAUCACAUACAUGGCAUCACCAACGAUAACACGGCAAGUGGGGUCUAUAUUUGGAAAGCGGGACAGAUAAGGGGUACCGAGUAUAGGCAUCAGGAAGAGUUGAGCCAGAAAACAAAAGGCAUCCAGAACAGGGUUUCAACACUCUUAGGCUGGUCAUAUUCCAUUACCAUGCAAAACAUAUCUUUUACGUGUUUUACUUUACUUGCCUGACUGGAAAGUCACAUACCUGGACAAAAUGUCAAUGGAAAUGGUCACCUCGAUGGAAGAAAUAUCAACGGAAAGGGUCUCCUUGAUGGAAGAAACAUCAGAGAGAACAGUCACCUCGAUGGAAGAAACGUCUGAGAAAACUGCCUCUACGACAGAAGAAACAUCUGAGAAAAUGGUCACCUCGAUGGAAGAAAUAUCGACGGAAAGGGUCACCUUGAUGGAUGGAACAUUGGAAAAAACAGUCUCCUUGAUGGAAGAAACGUCUGAGAAAAUGGUCAACUUGAUGGGAGAAGCGUCAGAGAGAACAGUUAGCCCGACAGAAGUGGUGUCAGGCAAAAUGCAUUCUGGGGAAACCGAGGCGGUCGAACGUAGCACAGGAAGAGUCACUUGGAUGGAAGGAACGUCGGAGGAACCGGUACCUGGAGAAGCAACCGUCACCAACUGUGGCACAGGAGGAGAAACCGAGGAGUCGGCUGCUGAGCUGAAUUCGCACAUACCCAGUUUGGAAGUUGCCAGGAGGUGCAGUGUUCUGGCGAGCGACGCGUCUGCUGCUAAGCCUGUUCUCCCGGAACCCGGCUUCGCCAGGAGGUGCAGCGUUCUGGCAAGCAACGUGAAGUACAAGGAGGACUAUGAGAAAUCCAAAGCUCACAACCUCUAUGUUCCUGAUGCUGAUUUUCAACAUGCUAAAAACGUCAGCUCCUUCAUUUCAGAGACAAAGUACAAGGAGGAGGGGAAGUUGGAAACGUCCAUGUCUCUUCACUCAGUGCUUCCAGAAACAAUGGCCACCCAGCAUGCCAGAGAAGCCUCUGAGCUACAGAGUGAGGUCAGGUAUCGAGAGAAUGCAAAGGCAGAGAGAUCCACUUCCUUCUACUCACUGCUCCCAGAGACCCUAGAGACUCAGUUGGCGAAAGAGCAUACAGAUAUGCUGAGUGAGAGAAUGUACAGGGAGGAGGGGAAAAGGGAGAUUUCCAACAGCCUGUAUUCGUCAAUUCAAGACACCCCUGAGAUGCAGCUCUCUAAAACAGUCAAGGAGUUCCAGAGUGAGACCAAGUACCGUGAGGCUGGGAAGAGGAGGCUCUCUACCUCUGCGUACUGCCUGCUCCCGGAGACCAUAGAGAUUCAGCAUGCUAAAGAGGCCUCCCAGCUACAGAGUGAGAUAAAAUACAAAGAAGAAAGCAAAGGUCCUCAGUCAUCACUCUACUCCCAACUUACAUGGACCCCAGAGAUGCAGUUUGCCAAAAACACGAGUGAAAUGCUGAGCGAGAACAAAUACAAGGAUAGUGGCAGAAGGGACACCUCCAGUUCCAUUUAUUCUCAUCUCCAGGAGACCAGUGAAACCCAGUUCGCUAAAGCCAUGUCAGAACUUCAGAGUGAGACGAAGUACAAAGAAGCGGGAAAGAAGGGAGCCUCUAGUUCUCUCUAUUCCACCUUACCAGAGACUUUGGACACAGUUCAUGCCAAAGACGUUGCCCAGAUCCUUAGCGAGAUAAAGUAUAAAGAAGAUCGGAAAGAGAACUCCUCCAGCCUUUAUUCUCUGCUCCCGGAGACGCCAGAGACUCAGUUUGCAAAAGAGGUCUCAGAUUUCCAGAGUGAGCACAAGUAUAAAGAAGAGGGAAAGCAGACAAUUUCGAAAAGCCUCUACUCUCUGCUACCUGAGACCACAGAUAUCCAGUUGGCCAAGCAGAUGUCUGAAAUACUGAGCGAGACCAAGUACAAGGAAGCAGGCAAAAAGCAGGUGUCUACAUCAUUGUACUCUUUGCUACCAGAGACCAAGGACAUCCAGCAUGCCAAGGAAGCAUCACAGUUACAGAGUGAGAUCAAAUACAAGGAGUGUGGAAAGAAGGACAUUUCAGCAUCCCUGUACUCUGUACUCCCAGAAACCACAGACAUCCAGUUUGCCAGAGAAAUGACGGAAAUGCAGAGCGAGAAUAAAUACAAAGAAGAAGGAAAAAGGCGUAUCUCCACGUGUGUUUACUCUCAGCUACCAGAAACCCCCGAGACUCAGUUUGUCAAAGCCGUAUCUGAACUCCAGAGUGAGAUGAAAUACAAAGAAAGUGGAAAGAAGCAAGUAUCCAGCUCUCUCUACUCCACUUUACCAGAAACACUGGAGACCCAGCAUGCCAAAGAGGCAUCUCUGCUUCAGAGUGAGCUGAAGUACAAGGAAGGACUGAAAAAGAACUUGUCCUCCAGUGUUUAUUCUACUCUGCCCGAAACUAUUGAUACUCUUUUUGCAAAACGACAGUCAGCUAUGCGGAGCCAGGUCAAGUAUAAAGAAGAUACUAAGGAGAACUCCUUCAACCUCUACUCUUUACUGCCUGAGACAACAGAAACACAGUUUGCAAAGCAGAUGUCAGACAUGCAGAGUGAGACAAAAUACAAGGAAUCAGGCAAAAAAGAGAUAUCUACAUCUCUCUACUCCACCUUACCAGAGACUUUGGAGACCCAACACGCCAAAGAGGCUUCGCAGCUACAGAGUGAGCUCAAGUACAAAGAUGAGAAAGUCUCCUCUGGUUCAGCCUACUCUCAGCUUCCUGAGACGAUGGAGACAGUGAGAGCUCGGGAGCUCACGGAGUUGCAGAGCGAGAUCAAAUAUAAAGAGAGGGACAAAAAGAACAUCUCAACAUCCCUGUACUCCUUACUCCCAGAGACCACAGAGAUCCACUUGGCUAGAGAAAUGACAGAGCUACAGAGCAAGAAUAAAUACAAAGAAGAAGGAAAAAGGGGUAUCUCCACAUGUGUCUACUCUCAGCUAUCAGAAACCCCUGAGACUCAGUUUGUGAAAGCCGUAUCUGAACUCCAGAGUGAGUUAAAGUACAAAGGUGCCGGGAAGAAAGAACGUUCCACUUCUCUCUACGCCACCUUACCAGAGACACUGGAGACCCAACACGCCAAGGAGGCUUCCCAGCUACAGAGUGAGCUGAAGUACAAGGCAGGACUGAAAAAGAGCUUGUCUUCCAAUGUUUAUUCUACGCUGCACGAAACUAUUGAUACUCAUUUUGCAAAACAACAGUCAGCUAUGCAGAGCGAGAACAAGUAUAAAGAAGAUACUAAGGAGAACUCCUUCAACCUCUACUCUCUACUGCCAGAGACAGCAGAAACACAGUUUGCAAAGCAGAUGUCAGACAUGCAGAGUGAGGCAAAAUACAAAAUAUCAGGCAAAAAAGAGGCCUCUACAUCUCUCUACUCCACCUUACCAGAGACACUGGAGACCCAGCACGCCAAAGAGGCUUCCCAGCUACAGAGUGAGCUCAAGUACAAAGAUGAGAAAGUCUCCUCUGGUUCAGCCUACUCACAGCUUCCUGAGACGAUGGAGACAGUGAGAGCUCGGGAGCUCACGGAGUUGCAGAGCGAGAUCAAAUACAAAGAGAGGGGCAAGAAGGACAUCUCAGCAUCCCUGUACACCUUACUCCCAGAGACCAGAGAGAUCCAGUUUGCCAGAGAAAUGUCAGAGCUACAGAGCCAGAAUAAAUACAAAAAAGAAGGAAAAAGGGGUAUCUCGACGUGUGUUUACUCUCAGCUACCCGAAACCCCAGAGACUCAGUUUGUGAAAGCCGUAUCUGAACUCCAGAGUGAGACGAAGUACAAAGAAACAGGGAAAAAAGAACUGUCCACUUCUCUCUACUCCACCUUACCAGAGACUAUGGAGACACAACACGCCAAAGAGGCUUCCCAGGUGCAGAGUGAGUUGAUGUACAAGAAAGGCCUGAAAAUGGACACCUCCCUCAGUCUCUAUUCUACCCUGCCAGAAACAAUUGAAACUAAUUUUGCGAAACGACAGUCAGCGAUGCAGAGCGAGAACAAGUAUAAAGAAGAUACUAAGGAGAACUCCUUCAACCUCUACUCUCUACUGCCAGAAACAACAGAAACACAGUUUGCAAAGCAAAUGUCUGAACUGCAGAGUGAGACAAAGUACAAAGAAGCAGGGAAGAAAGAGAAUUCUACAUCUCUCUAUGCCACCUUACCAGAAACACUGGAGACCCAGCACGCCAAGGAGGCUUCCCAGCUACAGAGUGAGCUCAAGUACAAAGAUGAGAAAGUGUCCUCUGGUUCGGCUUACUCUCACCUCCCUGAGACGAUGGAGAUAGCUAGAGCUCGGGAGCUCACGGAGUUGCAGAGCGAGCUCAAGUACAAAGAGAGCGGGAAGAAGAGUAUCUCCCAAAGUGUAUAUUCUGUGCUAGCAGAUACCAUGGAGACCCAAUUUGUCAAAAAUGUGUCUGAACUGCAAAGUCAGACGAAGUACAAAAAGGCCGGAAAGAAUAAUGCAAAGACUCUCUACUCUGUGAUGCCAGAGACUCUGGAGACCCAGCAUGCCAAGCAAGUCUCCCAGCUCCAGAGCCAGCUCAAAUAUAAGGAAGAUGGGAGAAAGGAGAUGUCCAGUUCUCUUUACUCUGUCCUCCCAGAGACAGUAGAGUCUCAGUUAGCUAAAGAGAACUCUGAGAUGCUGAGUGAGAGGAGGUAUAAAAAGGGCUGCAAAAACGAGAUAUCCUCAAGCCUCUACUCGCUGCUCCCGGAAACAGCCGACACUCAGUUUGCUAAACAGAUGUCGGAACUCCAGAGUGAGGUAAAUUACAAAAAAGACACACAAGAACUGCGGGAUACUUUUUAUGCACAAUUGCCUGAAACCAUGGAGACCUUGUUUGCAAAGGAAAUGUCGCAAGAAAUAUCUCAGGCCAAGUACAAGGAGGCAGGAAAGCAACAGUUCACCAGUUCUCUCUACUCCAAGCUACCAGAGACUUUGGAGACCCAGCACGCAAAAGAGGCUUCUCAGCUACAGAGCGAGAAUAAGUAUAAAGAAGGAUGGAAGAAGGACAUUUCAACCUCCUUGUAUUCUCAACUUCCUGACACAAAAGAGAUCCAGUUUGCCAGAGCGCUUACAGAGCUCCAGAGUGAGAACAAGUACAAAGAAGACAGUAAAAAGACCCUUUCAACAAGUGUUUAUUCUCAACUAGUAGAGACCAAGGAAAUAGAGUUUGUGAAAGCUGUUUCUGAACUCCAGAGUGAGAACAAGUAUAAGGAGGAAGGAAAAAAGCAAGUAUUCAGCUCACUGUACGCCACCUUGCCAGAGACUAUGGAGACCCAACAUGCCAAAGAGGCUUCUCAGCUACAGAGUGAGCAUAAAUAUAAGGAAGGUGGCAAGAAGGACAUGUCCGGUUCUCUGUAUUCCCUGCUUCCGGAAACGACAGAGACCCGGCUAGCCAAAGAGCAUUGUGAUAUUUAUAGCCAGGUGAAAUACAAAGAGGAUGCUGUAAAGGAGCAUUGCACAAAUCUUUAUUCCUUGCUGCCAGAAACAACUGAUACAGAAUUUGCCAAACGGCAAUCAGAGUUCCUAAGUGAGCAAAAUUACAAAAGUGACACUCAGGACCUUUCCGGUUGCUUGUACGCCCUGCUGCCUGAAACCAUGGAAACUAAGUUUGCUAAAGAGAUGUCUCUAGAAAUAUCUCAGUCUAAAUACAAGGAGGCUGGGAAAAAAGAGGCCUCUACAUCUCUCUACUCCACCUUACCAGAGACACUGGAGACACAGCACGCCAAGGAGGCUUCCCAGCUACAGAGUGAGACCAAGUACAAGGAGAGUGGAAAAGUGAUCCAGUCCACCAGUUUGUACUCCCAGCUCCCACAGACUGCAGAGAUCCAGUUCGCAGCCAAAGUCUCUGACCUUCAAAGCGAGAACAAGUACAAAAAGGAUGGUAAGAAGAGGAUAUCUACUUGCCUGUACUCUCAACUACCAGAAACCAAUGAGACCCAGUUUGUGAAGGCUGUGUCAGAGCUCCAGAGUGAGACCAAAUAUAAAAAAGCAGGGAGAAAAGAGGCCUCUAGUUGCCUCUAUGCCCUGCUACCAGAGACUAUGGAGACACAGCACGCCAAAGAGGCUUCUCAGCUGCAAAGUGAGAAUAAGUACAAAGGAGGUGUGAAGAAAAAGGAAAAUGCGACAUGCCUGUACUCACAACUGCCAGAGACCACAGAGAUUGAGUUUGCUAAAACAAUGACAGAACGUCAGAGUGAGAAUAAGUACAAACAGAAAAGUAAACAGGAGGUAUCCAGUAGCAUUUUCUCCCAGCUUCCGGAGACAAAGGAAAUAGAGUUUGCCAAACAGAUUUCAGAAAUGCAGAGUGAGCAAAAGUACAAAAAAGACACCCAGGAACAUUCCAGUUGCUUUUAUGCCCAACUGCCUGAAACCAUGGAGACCCAGUUUGCUAAAGAACUGUCUCAAACUCUGAGUGAGAAUAAGUACAAAGAAGCUGGAAGAAAGGAGAUGGCCAACUCUCUCUACUCUCUUAUGCCUCAGACCAGUGAGAUACAGCAUGCGAAAGAGCUCUCCCAUCUCUACAGCGAGAAAAGCUACAAGGAAGAGGUCAGGAAGGAUUCAGGCCAUAGUCUGUACUCCCAGAUGCCCCAGACCAUCGAGACUGCAUUUGCAAAGGAAGUGGCCAGACACCAGAGUGAUAAACUGUAUAAAGAGAAGUACAACGCAGAGAAGGGCAAGUCAAGUUACAUCACCAUGGAGACCUUACCGGAAGUCUCCCACGCUAUGGAUAUAAACAAACAGCAGAGUGAAGUAAACUACCGGACAGGUAGGAAGGACCUCCACAGUUUCACCACGUUGGCCGACAGACCUGACAUCCUGAAAGCCAAACAGGCCACUGAACUGGCUAGCGAUGUGGCCUAUCGAAGGAAAACUAAGCCUGAAAUCUAUGUCGACGUCCUGGGAAGGUCUGAUAUCGAGCACGCCAAAGUGGCCUCCAAACUUGCCAGUCAGGUGCAGUACAAGGAGAAGUUUGAGAAGGAGUUCAAAGGUCAGAAGCCCCAGUACAACCCCAGCGAGUGUGUGUCCUUCAAACACACGCAGGCCGCCAAUACCCUCGCCAGCCAGGUGAAGUAUAAGACCAACCAGAACCAAGUGACAGAGGGAUCCCCAGAUCUGCCCAACCUGCUUCACCUCGAGCACGUCCUACACGCCAGCAAGCUGCAGAGCAACGUGGAGUACAAGAAGAAGUAUGAGCUGUCUAAAGGACACUACCAUGAUGCCCUGGACACAGCGGAACAGCUCCACCACAGGCAAAAUGCAGUACUGCACAGUCAGGUGAAAUACAAGGAGGAGUACGAGAGGAACAAAGGCAGGUCGCAGAUGGAGUUUGUGGACACACAGUCUUACAGGGUAUCCAAAGAGGCUCAGAAAAUACAAAGCGAGAGAGAGUACAGGAAGGAGUAUGAUGAACACAUAAGGGGCAAAGCCUUAGUGGACGCUGACCUGACCCCUGGCUACCUGACUGCCCGCCACGCCAGCAAUGUCCUGAGUGAGAAGGAGUACAGGAGGGAGGGACUGGAAGUGAAGGAGCGAGGGCUUUCGGGGCUGGGAUUGGAGGACACACCGGACCUCAUCCGGGCUAAAAACGCCAGUCAUAUCCUCAGUGAGAAAGAGUACCGCAAGGACCUGGAGAAUGAGAUCGUGGGCAAAGGCAUGGAGAUCAGUGGCGACGUGCUGGAAAUGCAGAGAGCCAAGAAAGCCACCGAGCUAACCAGCCAAGCCUCCUACAAGCAGACGGCCCAGCUGAGGGAGCAUUCGUAUGGUGCUGUGACGGACACACCAGAACUGCUGCACGCGGCCUACCUGAAGGACGUGUACAGCCAGAAGAAGUACAAGGAUGAAGCAGAGAAGAUGAGGGGUUCGUAUGGGUUCGACGGCACCGAGAUGGAGAGAGUGAAGAACAACCAGAGAAACAUCAGCUCAUGUCGCUACACAUGGGACUCAAAGCUACACAGAAGCCUGGUGUCUUCUGUCACCGACACUCCGGAAAUCAUCCUCGCUCGGGAGAACACAAAGAAAAUCAGCGAUGUGAAGUACAGAGAGGGGGUGGGGAGUGGGACGCCAGUCAUGGAGACCCUUGACAUGGAGAGGGUCCGUAGGAACCAAGAGAACAUCAGUUCGUGUCGCUACACAUGGGACUCAAAGCUACACAGAAGCCUGAUGUCUUCUGUCACAGACACUCCGGAAAUCAUCCUCGCUCGGGAGAACACAAAGAAAAUCAGCGAUGUGAAGUACAGAGAGGGGGUGGGGAGUGGGACGCCAGUCAUGGAGACCCUUGACAUGGAGAGGGUCCGUAGGAACCAAGAGAACAUCAGUUCGGUGAAGUAUAAAAAGCCUCUCCAGUCGUCCAGUGUGGGAGUAACGCCAGAGUUAGAGAGAGUCCGUCAGAAUCAGGACAACGUCAGCUCGGUAAAGUACCAGCGCGGGUUGAAGGAGCUCCAGGGGAGGUCCUGCACCGAAUUGGACACGCCCGAAAUGAGGCGUGUCAGGAAGUCCCAGAACGAUAUCUCCAUGGCAAAAUACCAUGAGGAUUUUGAGCGGACAAGGGGCCGGGGCUGCGGCCCUCUUAUGGAGGACCCGAACAUGGAGAGAAUGCGCCACCGGAACCACCAGACGAUAAGCGAGGCAGCCUACAGGGGAGUUCAUCCACAGGUGGUGGAGAUGGACAGGAGACCUGGGGGCAUCAUUGUAGAUGGCAGCUCCAUAUUGAACUCCACUCACCUGGCCCAAGACUACCUUAAGGUGUGGCGGACUGACCCGGGCUCCAUCUUUGACUUUGACCCUGUGGAGGAUAACAUUCAGUCUAAAAGUCUUCACAGGCUGUCUGAGCGCGUGAGCCACCUCCCUCGGCAGCGGUCUCAGCAGUCGUUGCCCUCACAGGCCCAGUCAGUGUGCUCACUGGCUUCAGCCUCUGACCUCUGGGAUAAAAGCCUGUCUGACUUCAGUAGCGGCUCCGCACUGCCGCCCCAGGACAGAGCUCCUGUGCUACCUGGGGCGUACCAUCAGAAUCCCCAGCAGCAGCAGGGGUACGGCUACAUGCACCAGACCAGCAUGUCCUCUGUGAGGUCCGUCCAGUCCCCCCCAUCCGUCACCAUGAAGGUGUACCGGGCUCUCUACGACUACGCAGCCCAGGACCAUGACGAGGUGUCCUUCCGCGAUGGUGACAUCAUCGUCAACGCUCAGCCCAUUGACGAGGGCUGGAUGUAUGGCACUGUGCAGAGGACGGGGAAAUCGGGCAUGCUCCCCGCCAACUACGUGGAGUGCUUCAACUAGGGGGCCGCAUCUCAAUAGUCUCAAAAUGGUUUCAUUUCCUCUGCCAUCUCCUCCGUCUUCACCGACCUGAGGAAAACAAACGAUUGGAUAGGUGGAAGGAACUGGAUGGAAUGAAUGCCUACGGGGGAAAUAGGACUUCCACCUGUCCAGUUUAUUUUCAUGUCGGUACAGUUAAAGGAGAGGAGAAAAGGAGACCACUGUAGAUUAUUGAGAUGGACCCGAGGGCAGGCCUUUAUGGUACAGUAGGGUCCUCUCCCCAAGUAUCUGUCUUAGACCUCGUCCUGGGAGGCUACAAUUAUUUGGGUGGAGCUGUUCAGAUUACUCUGUCUUACCCAUAGGCGCAAACUAUCUUUGCCGCAAAACCUGCUGGAAAUUAUAAUGUAAAAAGUAAUCAUGUAAUAAGUUUUGCUUUUGUUUUGAUUUAAAGUAUUGGUGGCAUGUACCACAUGAUCAGAGUCAAUAAAAAAAUCGAUACAGUAAUUCAAUCAGCGAAUUAUUAUUCUCAAACACAUUUAGCAGAUUAUAAUGGACCCAUUCAGUGAAUACAGUAACCACUUUCCAUAAAACAAACAAUGAUUCGCACACUAGAAACCACAUUUUAAUUUGUUUUUAAAACAUUAUUUUAAAACAUUAUUGUGUUUACAAACGUGUUCUUUUGGCAGAAUAUUAUAUAUUUUAAAUAUCUUGGUCAAACAUUAAAUUAGGUGGAUAGGUGACUUUUGAAAUGUAUUAUGUUACUAGUUACCUGCGUUUAAUCAGUAAUUUAACUCUUGGAUUACCCAAAGUCAGUAAUGUAAUCUGACAAUUGAUUACUUUCCACAAUAAAGAGAUUACAUGAAAACAAAGAUGAGACAUUCAAUGUAUUUGAUGUGUCAUCUGAUUUGUAGUCACACUUGCUAAUGUGGAACCAACUUAAACAAUUUGAAUGUUGAAUUGAAUGUCAUUGAGGGAACAGAUUGAUUUUCUCCACAAAAAUAGGUCAUGAAUUAAAAAGUAACCCAAAAAGUAAUUUUUUAAAAGUAUCCGUUAUCUUUUUCUUGGUAUUUUUUUAAUAGGAUUAAAUGUUACUGAUUACGUGUAAUGACAUACUCCACACCCCUAUUAGUGGGUUUGGGUGAAUAGCACCCAACUUAGUUUUUUUGUAUUACUAUCUUUUCAGUAGACAUCGACACAUAACCUUAUUUUAUGUAAAAAGGAGCGAAGUGAGUCAGCUUCAUCUCAUUAGUUCUAUUUACCUCAGUGAUUAACACAACGUUUCAUACUGUUCCUGUUGGAUGACAUAAGGGUUUGGUUUAAACUAUCUCCAUAAGUAAAUAUCAUUGAUGCCAACUGUAGUCAGUGAGUCCCACCAUCUCACCUCUUACUGUUGGUUCUGUGGUACACCAGUGUAACCUCAGACAGGCUUUGAUUAGAUUAUCUCCACAAAACCUCCCCAUAAAAUCUGUUUGAAAUGUGUUGCCAAGUAAACAGUUCCAAGUAACACCCAGGAAGUGUAUGAUGAUGGAAAGCUAUUGUGAGAUUUCUCAACCAAUGCGAACACACUGUGUUGCUCAUACAAUUAAAAAAACCUGUUUGUCCAGAGGUUUUUGCUUCUAGUAGUUCGGUUUUUAAAUGUUUAUUCAGUUUGACUGCCAUUAUCGAGUUUUAUUGAGGUGUCACUGUUUUCUCUGUUAACCAAUUUUUUUGUCAUUAAUUGCAUUGUCACGUGUGAAAAAUAAAGACGCUUUGUCAACA